UGGGUUGUUUUGCUAAAGCACUAUCCUUGCUAGCAGCCUCGGUCAACCAGAAAUUAAUUCUCGCAUUUUUCGAUUGUUGACCUUUUCAAUGAAAUCGUAUCACAUCACAUAGGUCACAAAUCGUAUGAAGUCAGACUGAGAUAUCUUGUCAUUUCAGUGUAAUUUCCCAAGCGAUUCCCAGCAUGACUUCUCGUCGGCCGGACAGCUUUGAGGGUUUGGGUUACAGGGGCAGAGAGGAUCCGUCAUUCAGCGGGGGCUAUUCGGGCAGGUCAUUCAAUAACUCAUCCAGCUCUGACCUCCAGCACUGGGUCACCACACCUCCAGAUAUACCUGGCAGCAGAAACCUGCACUUUGGCGAUCGCACUCCCCAAUUUGAGACGGCACCUGCCCCACCUGGAGCAGCAGACGAAGCCCAAUCAGCGGCUCCACCGUCCGAACAGCUGAACAGAUUUGCUGGGUUUGGGAUAGGUCUUGCAAGCCUCUUCACAGAAAAUGUCCUGGCACAUCCCUGCAUUGUGUUUCGACGUCAGUGUCAGGUGAAUUACCAUGCCAGGUGUUAUCACUUGUCCCCACUGACUGCUAUCAGCGUGAUGUACAAUGUCACCAAAACUCAGGGUCCAAAGGCUUUAUGGAAAGGAAUGGGCAGCACUUUUGUGGUUCAGGGGGUCACGCUGGGAACAGAGGGCAUCAUUAGCGAAUGCACACCUUUACCAAGGGAGUUAUCACACAAGUGGAACCCUAAACAAGUUGUGGGACACUUAGUACUCAAAGGUUUGACACAUGUGGUUGCAAUGCCGUUUUACUCAGCAAGUCUCAUAGAGACUGUACAGAGUGAAAUAAUCCGAGACAACCCCGGCAUCCUGGACUGUGUGAAAGAGGGUAUCGGGCGUGUAAUGGGAAUGGGAGUGCCUCACAGCAAGCGUCUCCUUCCCCUCUGGAACCUGGUGUUUCCCACAGUUCUCCAUGGCAUCCUCCACUAUGUUAUCAGUUCCAGCGUGCAGCGGCUGGUUCUUUACCUGCUGCGGCGUCGGAAUAACGGCUCACCAAAGCACUCGUCCCCUGACUCGCAAGCGGACGCGGUCCAGUCUAUGCUGGAUUCAUACUUCCCUGAGCUCAUGGCCAGCUUUGCUGCCAGCCUGUGCGCAGAUGUGCUGCUGUUUCCUUUGGAAACGGUGUUGCACAGGCUGCAUAUCCAGGGAACGCGCACUAUCAUCGACAACACUGACCUGGGUUUCGAAGUGUUGCCCAUUAAUACGCAAUAUGAAGGAAUGAGGGACUGUAUUAAUGCUAUUCGGCGUGAGGAGGGCUCCCUGGGCUUCUACAAAGGCUUCGGCUCCAUCGUUGUGCAGUACUCGCUUCACGCCGCAGUUCUGCAGAUCACCAAGAUGAUCUACUCAACGCUGCUGCGAAACGCUUAAAUAGAAUGAUUCGGAAAAAACAUCGAUUCCUUCCUAAUUCACUGAAAGGUCCUUUUUUGGUUGAGUUGGACAUUCCAAAAAUGUGUCCUAAUAUGAAUUGAUAAUUGCAGACAUUUGAGGUUCUCUUUACCUCUUUCUGUGAUUUGUUAGUCUACUUGUUUCAUAAAGCACUGGUUGUCUUGUUGAUUGCACGACACAUUUAUGCAAAAUAUUCAAUAUGCUUUCACAUUAACACUGCAUUUAAAUUAUUAUGGUGACCCCCAACUAUCCAUCAGCGCCAAAACAUGAUCUUUGUAAUUAUAUUCCCAUACUGUUUUCUCCAUUUCGUCAAUGGUCACUAAGUUUCAUAAUGUGGUGUGUGAAUGUGAUUGUUUAUUUUGGCAACAUUGUGCCAAGUUCUUAAAGAAAUUAUGUCAUUAAAUUAUUAUUUGCACCUUAGUGAAACUUGUGCCAGUGUUUCAAACAGUGAAACUGUUUCUAUUUGUCUGGUUUAACAUGAUAUAAGAGAUUAAAAAUUCAGUUCAUUGAAUUGGAAGCCAUUAUAUACACAAGAAUGCAUGUGUAGAUCUAAUCUGGUUCCUGGGUGAGUAAAUGAUCAGGUUCUAAUUUAUUGGGCACCAUGAUUAAAAUAAAUGUCUAAAAUCUG